AUGUCUAACAGCGUUCCCUCCCCCGAGUGGUUUGUCUACGACGAGAACAAGGACAGCUACGACCUCAACACAAGGAUUCUGGCCACCGCCGUCAUCUGCCUGACAUCCGUUGUUGUCCUCGUUGUCUUCCUCCACCUCUACGUCCGCCACGUCCUCCUCCGCCGGCAUCGCGCCAGCCUCCUCCUCCGCUUCUAUGCGAACAACCCCGCCCACGACGAUCCGGCCAACGUGGGGCUCGACCCCUCCGCCAUCGCCGCCCUCCCGACGCAUUCUUAUCGAGUCAUAAUCAAGCAAGGAGAAGGCGGCGGCGGUAGCAAAGACGACGGGAGCUGCGCGGAGUGCGCCAUUUGUUUGAGCGCCGUGGAGGAAGGGGAGACGGUGAGGACGCUGCCCAGCUGCAAGCACCUGUUCCACGUCGGCUGCAUCGACAUGUGGCUGGGCUCCCACUCCACCUGCCCGGUGUGUCGCACGGCGGUGGAGCCUCCGCCGGCCGCCACACCCGACGUCAGCGAGCCAUCCACCGUUCCACCUCCAAGAGCGGCGUCGCAGGACUCCUCGGGAGCCGCUGCGGCUGCGGCGUCCCAGGAAGGCUCCUCCUCGGGAUCCAAGGACUCGGGAUCGGCUUCCUCGCGAUUGGGUUCGUCGUUCAGGAGGAUGUUGAGUUGGGAUAGGUCAACAGGGAGAAGAGCUCAAGGGGAAGCGAUGGAAGACCUGGAGAGACAGUAA